AUGGCCGCCACAACUAAUGGUGAUGCAGCUGCUGUCCUCGAGGACAUCAAGCCCCCUCAGGGCGUUGUUCUCCCCCCCAAAGAAUUCAGAACUAUCCUCGAGAAGACGGCGGGCUUCGUCGCACGAAACGGCAUCGUUUUCGAAGACCGUAUCCGCGAAAAGGAAAGGAACAACCCCAAGUUCAGUUUCUUGAGCAACGCCGAUCCCUACAACCCGUACUACUUAUGGCGACUCAGCGAGAUCAAGGAAGGGAGAGGCAAUGCAGUCUCUGCAGGUCGCGCCGGCGAAGCUGCCGCUCCCGUUGAGCAGAAGCCUGUCGGGCCUCCCCAGCCUCCAGACUUCAAGUUCUCGGCGCGCAUGCCCAACAUCAGCGCCCAGGAUCUCGAAGUCGUCAAACUUACAGCCUUGUUCGUGGCCAAGAACGGACGGCAGUUCAUGACCAACCUUUCCCAGCGAGAGACCGGCAACUACCAGUUUGAAUUCCUGCGACCAAACCACAGUCUACACAACUUCUUCCAGCAUCUAGUCGAUCAAUACUCGAUGCUACUGCGAGCUGGCGGCAUCGAUGGAGAAGGAGGCCGACAGCAACAAGAACGGGUGGCUGAGCUCCAGCGCAACGUCGAUGACAAGUUCCACGUUUUGGCACGGGCACGACAGCGGGCAGAAUGGCUCAAGUACCAGGAAUCUCAGAAGAUACAAAAAGAGGAGGAAGAGGAGAAGGAGCGCGAAGUCUACGCCCAGAUCGACUGGCAUGACUUUGUUGUCGUCGAAACUGUUGUCUUCAACGAUGCAGACGAUCAAGCGAACCUCCCGCCGCCAACAUCUCUGAACGAUCUUCAGUAUGCAUCUCUCGAGCAGAAGGCCAGGGUUUCUGUCGGUGCCAACUUUCGUAUUGAGGAAGGAUUCCCUUCCGAGGAAGACAGUGUACAAGCAUAUCAACAACAACAACAACAACAAAUGCCUGCGCCACAGCCCGGGUAUGGAAUGGCACCACCUCCAAGGCCCAAUGGCUUUGAAGACGAGGAAUCGGCCCGUAUACGAGAAAGAGAAGAGGCUCGCGCUCGCUUGCAACAGGCUCAAGCCGACGCCAAGGGCGGUGCUGCUCCAAUAAAGAUCAGGGAGAACUACGUGCCGAGGGCUGCAGCGCGUGCAGCAAGUAGACAAGCAGCACAGAUGGCACUCUGUCCCACCUGUAACCAACAAAUUCCCGUCGACGAGCUGGCCGAGCAUAUGCGUAUCGAAUUAUUGGAUCCGCGCUGGAAAGAACAAAAGGCCAAGCAAGACUCGAGAGCGGCUAGCACCAACAUGGCGCCAGCAGAUGCAGCGAAUCAUCUCAAGCGGUUAGCCAGCUCGCGAACGGACAUCUUCGAUCCUGCAACGGGCCAGCCGAUAUCAGAAGAAGAGCUAGCCAGAAGAAAGAGGGCCGCUUUGAACAGUUACGAUGGUGUGCCCGAUGCCCGCAAUCCCGGCCACCAGCCCCAAAUGCAAAGCACCAAUGUCUCAGAACAGAUUCGGGCCAUUCACCAGAGGUACGCACCGAAUCAAUAG